UCCGCCGUCCCUCUCGUCCGGACGAGAUUCCAACUGCCACACAUUCACUGCCUGUCCUUCUCAUCCGGACACCGAGCUUCUACAAGAAUCGCCUGCAGUUUAUCCUGCCCACCUGCGCCACUCGUCCCUCCGCCGCCGCUCGCCUCCCAGGCCCCGGUGCCGCUCGCCCGUCCUCCGCUCCCGGACACCGAUCACGCAGCUUUGAUAUUGGUGCAUCGGUGGUUAACUCCUCCCUCUGGAAAUGCUUGAUUCACUCAUUAGCCAUGAUCCGAAGAUGUUGAAUGAGAAGAAGCCCGAUGAGAUCAUUGCAACUGGUGUUCUCGAAAGUCUGCAGAAUUUUCUACGCAAGUGUGUCAUAGCUGUCCUAUCCUAUGGCCCAAUGCCUAAGCACAUUGCUUUUAUUAUGGACGGUAACCGCAGGUACGCUAAAUCCAGAAGUAUCAAGGAAGGCAGUGGCCAUAGGGUAGGUUUCUCCGCUCUAAUGGCAAGUCUUCUAUACUGCCACGAGAUGGGCGUUAAAUAUAUUACAGUUUAUGCAUUUAGCAUCGACAAUUUUAAACGGGACCCGACCGAGGUGCAAACCUUGAUGGAGUUAAUGGAGGAAAAGAUCAAUGAGCUAUUGGAGAACAGAAAUGUCAUCAACAAGCUUAACUGCAAGAUCAACUUCUGGGGGAGCCUAGACAUGCUUACCGAACCAGUACGGCUAGCAGCUCAGAAGCUGAUGGUGAGCACCGCCCAAAACACAGGAUUGGUAUUCUCUGUCUGCAUGCCGUACAACUCGACUUCUGAGAUCGCCAACGCCGUCAACAAGCUCUGCAAAGAGCGGAGGGACAUGAUACAGGGACAGCACGCUGGCAGCUGCAAUGGCCUCAAUGCAAAUGGCGGCACACAUUCAGAUAUCUCCGUUGCUGAUUUGGAUCGCCAUAUGUACACCGCCGGCUGCCCCGAUCCAGACAUUGUGAUCCGUACAUCAGGCGAGACACGGCUGAGCAAUUUCCUUCUAUGGCAGACUACAUUUAGCCAUCUCCAGAACCCAGACCCUCUGUGGCCUGAGUUUUCUUGGAGGCACCUUGUUUGGGGGAUAUUGCAGUACCAGAGAGUCUACCCAUACAUUGAGCAAAACAAAACUCUGGCGAAGAAGCAGCUGUGAACGAGGGACAGAAGGCGGGCAAAGAAGCAGUUGUGAAUAAGGCAUCUCAUCUCCUUUGGGAGGAGAUAAGUAGAUACCAAGAAAAUAUGGUAAUAACACCUGUCCAGAGUUGGUUCUUAUUACUCUUGGUGUACCAAGAGAGUGUAAUUAUGGGUAUCAUGUGCAGUACUAUGAUCAUAUGAUGGAUAAUCCUUCGUUUUGCCGUCGUGUUUAGCUUUUGUACUUGCCACUUAGCAUGAGCAUGGAGGCAUCAAAAUGUAUAAUCAGUACUCAGUACUCGAUAUAUAUUAGUUCUGCCAACACUGGCAUUAUUAACAUU